AAGGAUAUGAUUUAUGAAAGUAAUAUCCAUCAUACUUGGGCCUCAACUCUGCUUCCGCAUUCUCUGGCAGAAAGCUCCUCUUCACAUUCUCCUUGUUCUUCAAUCAAUAAUUAAUUCUAAUUUACUUAUCCAGCCUGGUUGCUGCGGAAUUUCAAUGCCAAUUCAUAUGUUAUAUAUUUAAUAAAGCUAUUCAUUACACAACUUUGUUGCUCAAAUACCUUCAAAAUGCAGCCACUAACUCUCAUGAUAUUGUUUCUUGCAAGCACAUCUUUUGCAGUAAUCACCACUACCCCAGCAAGAAGAGCAGCAGUUGCCAGAGUUGCCUCACCAAAACGCCUCACUCCUGCAAACCCACCCACAGCAUUCGAUGUCAAAAACUCGCUAGGGAACUGGGCCACCUCUGUAAAUACCGUCAACGCAUAUCGUAAGUUGUUCCUCCUAUUCUCCAAUUCCAAUUCUCUAUUUCUAACCUCACUCAAAGUCGACGACCCAAACAACUCGACUAAACUCAAAACCGCUAUCGCCUUCGCAAGAGACGAACCCGUACAACUUGCUACUCUCAUGAAAACUCCCAACCUCUCUCCAGCUGGCAUCAAAUCAGCGAAAGUCCUCAUGGCCAACUUCCCUUCUAUUGUCUCCAAUCUUCAAAAUGUGUACACCGGCGUUAUGACAACCCAAGAUGCGACUAUGGCCGUAAAUUUUAAUAGAUGCUGUACCGUACUCCCAAACAUUGGAAGUCUCUGGGCCGCAGCUACGAAUGCGACUAAGCUGAAAGAUACUCCACCUCCAAAUCUGGAAGCCCAGUGUGGGAUGAUGAGCUGUAACGUUGGAAUUAGCGGAGUUCAAGCUCAGGCUCAGGCGGCGUCAAAUGUAACGGGGUCAGUCAUGGCAUCAAGAGUGCCCCGAGCGAAGCUGAGAUGAAGUAUUAGACAUGGAAUGGGCAGAAGAAUGGGAUUUGAUUCCUGUGGUGGAGAUGUGCUUUUGUUGGCGUGACUUGUGCACAUUUCGACUUUCAAGACAGUACCUAACAUCUUUUGCGAGGCCACGAUACAAUCAAAAUAUCAAAGAAGUAAAAAGCUUUUGAAUGUUCAGAAGAAUUCAAUAAUAGAUCCUGCCUCAUAUAUGU